AGCUGCCCAGUCUCUUCUAGCUUCUAGCUGCCUUAGGCUUGUUUUUCCUUUGUUAUCCUCUACCUUUUUGGUUUGUGUCUCCGCACUUGUUCCACUCAUGGAGCUUUCACAUUGCGGUGACAUGCUGAAGAGCCCCCUUUCGGAGGGUCCCCUCUCAGAGGCUAUGAUGGCACCCACCUCUGCAGUGUCUGGGACCUCUGCCGUGUGCACUGCUGGGCUUUCUGAGGGAACGAUUGCUAAAAGCUCUGGGAUGGCUCCGUGCCUAGAGCUCAUUCCGCCCCCAAAAGCGGCAAAGAAGACCAAACACUUAAAGGGCCCAGAUGUGGCCUAAAAGAAAAAGCAAUGCAAACUUGCCUCCGGCAGGGCUCCACUUUGUGAGAGGCUUCAGCUACAGGCAUUACGGGCGCGGCUAUCACCAAUGACAGUCUCUGAGAUUCCCGCCAAAACCACGGCGGCCAUUAUGGUCUCUCCUCAGCCUGUGCCUGUUUCUAAGGCUUUGCCAUCAGCCUUGCCGCUCGCUGCUUCUGCACUCCUACAGGGGGUGCGCUCAGAAACGCCUGAGACUAUUACUGGCCCUAACAAUGAGGCUUUGACUGCUGGUCAACUUUGUAGUGUGCCAACUGUUUGCCUUGCUUGCUGCUGUCUGGUUUCGAACUUACCUUCAUUCAAGCAAAACUAGUCCAUUUAUAAGGCAUGUUGUUGCCACCCUUUUGGGCCUUUAUCUUGCACUUUUUUGUUUUGGAUGGUAUGCCUUACAUUUUGUUGUACAAAGUGGAAUUUCCUACUAUAUCAUGAUCAUUAUAGGAGUGGAAAAUAUGCACAAAUAUUGUUUUGUUUUUGCUUUGGGAUACCUCACUGUGUGCCAAAUUUCUAGAGUCUAUAUCUUUGAUUAUGGACAAUAUUCUGCUGAUUUUUCUGGCCCAAUGAUGAUAAUUACACAGAAAAUUACAAGCUUGGCUUAUGAAAUUCAUGAUGGAAUGUUUCGAAAGGAGGAAGAACUGACGCCAUCACAGCGAUGCUUAGCUGUGAGACGCAUGCCAAGCCUACUGGAGUAUUUAAGUUACAACUGUAAUUUCAUGGGUAUCCUGGCAGGCCCGUUAUGCUCUUAUAAAGACUAUAUUACUUUCAUUGAAGGCAGAUCAUACCAACUGACACAGUCUGAAGCAAAUGGGAAAGAAGAGAUAAAAUAUGAACAAACGGAUCCCUCUCCAAAUACAGCUGUGGCGCAGAAACUCGUAGUGUGUGGACUAUCCUUAUUGUUUCAUAUGACUGUUAGCAAAACUCUGCCCGUAGAGUACAACAUUGAUGAUCAUUUCAGAGCAACAGCAUCACUGCCUACAAGGAUUAUCUACCUGUACCUGUCGCUUAUGGCUGCCAGACCCAAAUAUUAUUUUGCGUGGACUUUAGCGGAUGCAAUUAAUAAUGCUGCUGGGUUUGGGUUUCGAGGCUAUGAUAAAAAUGGAGUCUCGCACUGGGAUUCAAUUUCAAAUCUGAGAAUUUUGCAUAUAGAGUUUUCAACAAGUUUCAAGAUGUUUCUUGAUAACUGGAAUAUCCAGACAGCACUCUGGCUCAAAAGAGUAUGCUAUGAACGAGCCUCCUUCAGCCCAACAAUACAAACCUUUAUUUUGUCGGCCAUUUGGCAUGGGGUGUAUCCAGGAUAUUAUUUAACAUUCCUGUCAGGGGUACUAAUGACUCUUGCAGCACGAACUAUUAGAAAGAGCAUCAGGCACUACUUCAUUGAUUCUCCAGCCAUUAAAUUAUGUUAUGAUAUCAUGACAUGGAUGACGACUCAAAUAGCAAUAAGUUAUACAGUUGUACCAUUUGUACUUCUCUCUGUAAAACCGUCUUUCAUGUUUUACAGCUCCUGGUAUUUCUGCUUACACAUUGCCUGCAUCUUAGUGUUGUUGAUAUUUCCCAUGAAAAGAACUCAGAGAGGAAGUAAAGAGCAAAAAAACAUCCAGCCCUCUUGGUCCAAAAAGCAAGAUGGAGGAGAUACAAGCAUUAUGGGACAUAACAGUUAUUCUACAACAAAUAAUUUCAAUCAAAAAAGAGAAAUCACCUGCAGAAAUACAGCAACGGAACAAUGAUUAGGAGAUGCUAUGGUGGAUAUAUUUUCUAUUUUCAAAGCCCAUUUAUAGCACCUUUUAAAGGGGUUUGUAUUUGUCUGAAAAAGAUGGUUAGUAAGAAAAGAAUGCUAAUCCUUAGGGAAUAUUGAAUACACUAGUAAGAAUGGGAAACAAAGCAAAUUAACCUCUCCCGUGCCAUGUUCCUGUGGAUCACGCCUUAUAUGAAAAUAUUACCAUUAUUUCAAUGGGCACUCAGGACUUACAGCGUAUGUCCAUCGGGUCAUAGGUGUGCCCCUUCGCUGAAUGUACGUUGUGUAUCCCAAGGCACUGAUGGGGGUGGUGAACAAUUGUGUCAAUCCAGAGUAACUGAAGGAAAUAUCUUUUUCCAAGCAAAUGCCUUGCCUUAAACCCUCUAUCUACUGAAAUAAUGUUUCUAAGUGGUAUUUUCAUGUUUAAUAUUAUGUGGGAAGCAUAGUUCAAAUGCAGGCUUUGGGGCUCUGGAGAAAACCAUAAGGGAGUGGAAGCAGAAAGUCACUUUGUGUCUGAAUCUAUAAAAGGAAUUGCAAUAAGCAUCUCAGUAUUUGGAGGGUUUUCUUAGUAUAUCAAAUUCUUACCGUACAGGACUGCAAACAUUGCCAAUGCCAAAUUAUAGGUAAUUUAGUUUGAUAAACAUUGUCAUUACAAAAGAUCCCUUUGGAAUUUUUUUCUUGUUUAACUUAAACAUCACCCUUUCCAUGACUAAAUGAUCUAAUUUAAGCUUAUUUUACCCUUUCAUUAUGUGUGAGUUUUGCAGCUAGUCACAAAAUGGCAGCCAUAAAAUUACACUCAUGGAAUUCCUGUUAAAGCUGCAGCCUUCCAGAAGGACUCUUUGUUAUCAUGUACAAACCAUUUUGCAGAGAGUGACCUUAAGAUACAAUCACUUGGAAACUUUGUCAGAGAUGUAAAGAAUUAGUGCAAGAAGGUGCUUAUGAUAUAAGUAUAGUCAGAUUAUCUUAACAGUUAUAAUUCAGUUUAUAUUAAACAAAAGGUGAAAUUGUUAUAUAGGUAUUGUGUAACUCAUUGACAUUAUAUGGCCUGUAACACUGGAAAGCCUUGGGUUUAGAAAAUCCUUGAACAAGGAUUUCAGAUAUGGAGAUCAUACUGUACACAAUUUUAUGUUGAAAAUCUGUCAUGGGAAUUGAUAAAUAUCAAUCACUUUAUUGUGAAAAUUAACAACUGAUAAAGAAAUGAAGUACUAAAGGGCUAUAAUUUUUAUUUGCUUAUCCUACAUACCUUUUAGUUUUUAGUAAAUGAAAGCCAUUUAUCUUUCAGACUGCCACAGAAAAAAAAGUUACAAAGAGCAGGAUUGAACUGUUUUCUCCCCAGUAAUGUUUUGUACCCUGAACAUUAUGCAAUAGUUGGUUGAAUAUUUUUAAACACUCAUAUGUUGUUGUCAAGGAUUAAAAAAAACAAGUGAGUUCUGUGGCUGUAGAAAAAUUAUGAGGUUUCUUAAAUUGAAUUUUCACUGAUCUAGCCUUUGAAACAGGAAUAAGAAUAGAGUAUAUUGUUACUGUUCUUUCCAUUGUUUGCCCCCAGUAUUCCUGGGUAGCUGGAGAUAGUUGUCUUCAGUCUGUGGAAACGAAUGCAUGUUCGUGAUCACACUAUUAGUAAUGUAGAAUGGAAUAUGCAUUUGGAGAGCAAAUAACUGCACAUUGAAAAGGCUGUGUUAGCAUUAAAAAUGGGCUUGUAAAAUCUGCUGAAAUGAUGUAAACACAUAACACUAUUAUUAUCAUUAUUAAUUAAUUAAUUAAUAUUAUUAUUCUAAAGACAUGACUGUCAUCUUGAUGGGUGGCGAUUAGUGAUGAAAAGGAAGAUCCCAUAUACUACUGGGAUCUUGUGAAUUGUGCAUUCUUCACAGAGGGGUGUGUGUGAGAGAGACAGUCAACACAGGAUCUCUGUCAGUUUGGGCAACCUAGUGUCAGUUUGGGUCCCCUCCCUACCUGUCCAAUGGUAUAUCCCAUUCCACCCCCUCCCCCAAUAGAACUCAGUGGAAACCAUAGAGAAUCUGAUUCUGCCCCUCCUGCUUAGCCCCACCUGUUUCUAUAUUUCUCAGCUGAAACUUUUGACAAGUUCAGUAGUUGGUGAAAGGAAUGGAAAGUUCCAGUAUUUUCCCCAAUACCACUCAUCAUCACCUCAAACACCUACAGGAGGCCCUUGUUAUCCGUGGUCCCGGCAACCGUGGUUUUGUGUGUACGCAGUCAGGCCAUGUACAUCCAGCCUCGUUAUCCAUGGAUCAAAAAAUAGUUCAAAUCUGCCUAUCCUAGGUGGCUCCUAUGUGGCCAGAAACGACCUUGGAGGUCAUUUCUGGGCACCAUUUUGCUGAACGGAGCCAUUUUGUAGCUUUUUCUUAAAUACAUUUUUAAAAACCCAAAACCCUUCCCCAGUGAUUUUUCGUGGAAAAUCGGCAGAGUUUGGGGGGCAUUGCUGGGCAGCUGGAGACAUGGAAAGCAUGGUACAUCUACUUCCUUUCUGCUUUUUUAGCCCUCCCAGAACCUAGCUCUCCGAUUCCCAUUCACUCAAGGUCUUGUUAUCCACAGUUUCAUUAUCCAUAGUUGUAGGCGAGAAUGCAACCCCUUCAGAUAACAAGGGCCACCAAGUCAUCAAGACAGCCUGACUCUUACAGCCUGUGGUACUCCAGAUGUUGCUGAACUAUCAUGCCCAGCUACAAUUCAUUGUGGCUCAGGAUAAUGGGAGUUGUAGUUCAGCAACAUCUGAAGUACCACAGAUUGGGAAAGGAACCCCUGACCCAUUAGAGUGGCAGUGGCCUCCAUGAGGAACAGGAUAGCAAAAGAGUGAGGGUUGAAUGUUCUCAUCACCUGCCGCCUUGUGCAUCACUGAGGUAGAGCAAAGCCAGGCCUGCUCUUCUGAAUGUGGUCUGAACCAAACACGUCUCCCUGGCCCUGAGAAGGAAUUCAUUCCUGCAUCCAAACCGAGAAUAUGGGUGGAGAUAGCAAGGAAGGGGCACUUAAAAUUCAUGACUAUCUGCUCCUUUACCUAUUACUGUAAUACUUGGUUAUGAUUUGGAUUCCAGCUUGAAUUUUAUAGUUACACAAUUAUCUACAUUUAUAGACACUUCUAAAUAAUAUGCUUUUCAUGUUCACCUUCAGGUUAUAAUUUGUGAACAUAAAAUAUUUUAUGCCAAAUUCUGCUCUCUAAUACAAAACAUUCUAAUAGUUUGCCCCAAUGAUUAAAUAGAGAAUCAGUUAUUUAUUUUAGUAUUCCUAGCCUCACACCAGAUGGAUAUAAUUUUUGAAUAUAAUUUUUAAAUUCUCUGAAUUUUAAAUAAGAGUAUCUCUCAAGUUCCUCCUCAGUUUGAAUCAGAGGCAGGCAGAAAAUAGAUUUGCAUAUUCUGGUAAAUUUCUGGGUGAUUUGCAAUAGAUCAGCAAGUGUUUUUGACUCUCAGUUGUUUAGCAAUAGCAACAACAAGCUGUUUUUCCUCUUCCUAAGUUAGGUUGCUAAAAUAAAGCUUGGUAGGGGAAGGAAAUUAGAAAUGGUGUGUGUGUGUGUGUGUGUGUGUGUGUGUGUGUGUGUGUGUGUGUGAGAGAGAGAGAGAGAGAGAGAGAGAGAGAGAGAGAGAGAGAGAGAGAGAGGACUCUGAGCUCAGUUCUGGUAGUGAGAACAUAUUUAUGGACUGAGCAUGUGUUCAGGCACCCUGUUCCUUAAUUCUAAGUGCCAGUUCAGAUGUAAUGUGUAGCAAGGAUUUAAACCUUGGAGCUGUGUGACAUCUCCUAGCCACCAAGAUUAAAUCCCAGAUUCAGAUCCUAGUUUAUUUUUGAAUUCUGGUAGAAUCAGCCAUGAUUGUUUGGUUUGGGCAUAAGAACACCCACCCACCCCCGUUCUGGAUCAGACCAAGACCUAUCUAGCCUAGCUUUCUGUUUUUCACAGAGGCCAGCCAGGUAUCACUGGGAACCCACAAGCAGGAGAUGCACUUCUCCUCUUUCCUGUUGUGUGUCUCCUGCAACUGAUGUUCAUUGGUGUACUCUUGUCUCUAAACCCAGCAGUAGCUUAUAGCCAUCAAGACUAAUAGCCUCUGAUAUACUUCUCCUCCUGACUUUGUCUAAUCCCCCUUUAAAGCUAUGUAGGGUAGUGGCAAUUGCCCUUGCUGAGCAAUCAUGGCUUGCUCUAACCAGAAUUGGAUGCAAAGUUUGUCCUUGCACAUGAGGUGGGGAAUGCUAGAUGUUUUCUGAAGUCCAGAUGUAGUCCUGGCUUUGCAUUAUAUCUGAACCAGCCCAAACUGUAGGUCUGCUUUCUUCCUUGCCCCCAGCCAUUAUUUUGCACCUGGCUGGGGAUGGUGAUAUGGGCAUUCUAGUCAAGUAUAUCUCACAAGCCUGAAGCUUGCCCACCCCUUUCACCAAUAAAAAGCAACCUCCAUAUGCAUAAGAGCUAUAGUUUCACUGAAGUUAGUUGUGUGUGUUGUCUCUUUGAAAGCAAUGGAACAAAAGUUAAUCAGGACUCAUGACUGGCUCAUUUCAGUAGCCCUAUUCAGACAUCAUGUUGUAUGUAGAUAUAGAUGUCUGUACGCAUAUACAUGUUUUUGUGUGAAUCUUUAAAAGUGAACCAAGGAUGCAGAGUAAAGAUAGGAAGUGUAUAACUUUACAAGCACGUAACCGUGCAUACAGUUCUGUAUGUGUGUGCACGGUACACAGAUUUCAUGUGUUGAAUAAAACUUGAAUUGGG